AUGACAUGCUACGACUCGAGAGGGUAUCCUCAGAGUGGGAUGCAGCCCUGCUUCCCCAACAUCCCGGCCACGGGCACGAACCCUUGCUGCGGAACAGUCGACCUUUGCUUGUCUAACGGGCUAUGCCUCAAUCUCGGCGCUGAUAAUGAGUUUACUGCCCAGGGAUGCACCAACCAGCAUGGGACAGCCCUUGCAUUAGCAACUGCAGAAAAUGGCAAGGAUAAUAUCAAUCUCUACGCCUACCUCGUACAUUGCUCCGGGUUCCAUUACUGCUGCGGCUUCGAUCGGAGCUGCUGCAAUAACAGCGACAGCGUCUUUACCCUCGCGAAGUUCACGGUCAUAAACUAUCCCUACUCGCCGACGACAACAUCAAGCUCACUCUCCUCCACUGCUCCUCCCAGCGACAACAACGCCACUAAUAACGACGACUACAAGCAGAAGAUAAUCACGGGUCUCGCGGCCGGGCUCGGGGUGCCCCUAAGCCUGAUCCUGAUCGCGGGAGGGUGCUUUUUCUACUGGCGGCGGAGAAAUCGGCAGUCCAAUGUCACCGGCCCCCUGAUCCGGUUCACGCACAGUGGCUAG